AUGAGUAAAGAACAGAAAGAAGUAUAUAAAGAGAAGAAGGAAAAAACCCUUUUUUUUUUGGAAAAAAACGAUGUUUCUGGGGCAAAAUAUGAGGCGAAACAAGAUGACAAAAAUCUGAACAAUUCAGAGAGAGGAAGAAAGAAAAAUGGGAAAGAAAAAGAGAGUGAAUUGGGGAAGAAUGACGAGACAAAGAGCCAUUCAUUAAGCAAUGAUGUAGAAAACGAACAAAACACUACCUAUCACUCAGCAGAUGGAGUUCUCCAGGAAAAAGAAAGUGAAUCGAAUACUUCAAUAGGGGAUUUGUCUAUUGAAACAAUUUUGGAAAAACAUUCAGAUAUGAGCAAUUCAACGACACUAACAAACAAAAGCGAGGAGGAAUACCCAAUACAUAACGAAAAUGUAUAUCCUUUAGCAGCAGACAAUUUUAUACAGAAGCAGAAAAUACAUGUACACAGAGAGCCGCUUGAACCACUGUCAACUCAUGAAACAGAUACAUUGCCGUUUAUCCAGUCGCUUAAUUUUAACACUACAAAUCCACCAGAUGUGUUUAUUAACUCCUAUGUCAGUACAAAGUUAUCUUCUGAAGCCCAAGAGGCUCACCAACAACCUCUUUCAAUACAUGAACCUGCAAUGACGUCUACAAAUAUUUUACAAGAAAAGUUUGAGGAAAUAUAUCAACACGCGUCUAGCGACAAAACUAUCGACUGGGAAUUUUUCAGACUCAUUAUCAGUGAUUAUAAUUUUGUUGUCAAAGCACAUAAAGAGGAAUUCUCAAGUGUUAUCUCUACGGGCAUUCCAUCCAUACUACGUGGUAUUCUUUGGCAAACUAUAACUUCAUCUAAAAACUCCGAUAUGGAACGUAUAUACCAUACUCUCAUCAAUCAACCUGCACCCGCUGAAAAAAAUAUACAAAGAGACCUUUACAAAACAUUUUCUAAAGCGACUCUUAAGGCAAGAAUUUAUAGAGUCCUUAAAGCAUACAGUUUGUAUGAUCCAGAGGUGGGAUAUGUAGAGGGAAUGGGAUUUUUGGCAAGUCCUUUGUUAGUUUAUAUGUCAGAAGAAGAAGCAUUUUGCAUAUUUAUUAAGCUUAUGAAAGACUAUGAUUUAAGAAGUUUUUAUAUACCAAAUACUCCAGGGUUACAUUUACGUUUAUACCAAUUUAAUAAAUUAAUGGAAGAAAUUGUGCCGACAGUUUACAUUCAUCUUCAUAAGCAUGGGAUAGAACCGUCAAUGUACGCAUCUCAAUGGUUUAUGACGCUUUUUGCCUAUAAAUUCCCAAUAAACAUGGUAGUAAGAGUUUUUGAUGUAAUAAUUGCAGAAGGCACAGAAGCAAUUCUUAAAUUCAGUAUUGCAUUGAUGAAAAAGAACCAAGAGAAGAUAUUGUCUCUAAAAUUUGAUCAACUUUUAAGUUUUUUAAAAGAAAAAAUGUUUCUCGUGUAUAGUAUUCAUAACAAAACAAUAACAAAACUUGCAUGGUCGACUACAAUUACAGAUUAUCAAGUUGAUGAAUUUAUAAAUGAUGCUUAUUCUAUAGAAAUUACAGAGAGCAUGCUUUCCAAAUAUGCUAUAGAAUAUAAAAAGAUGAAAGAAACAGAAAUAGAAAAAGACAAAGAAAUAGCUUUUCUAAAAUCUGAAAAUUCUUCUCUCUUUCAUAAAAUAAAAAGUCUCGAAGAAUCGCUGGAUAUUUUGAAUAAAGAACAUAUCAAAUUGGCGAAUUCAAUGGUCGAAAGUAAAAUACAUAUAGCUUGCUUGCUCGAUGAAAACGAAGGCUUAACUUCAGAAGUUUCUCAACUAAAACUAACAAUCGAAUCGCAACCAAUUGAAAUCGAAGAACGUAUGAAAAGUGAAAUGCAGAGCAUUAUGGAUAAAAACAUACAAGUAAUGGAUAAAAAUCGUGUAUUAGAAGACCAAAUAACCAAAAUGGAAAAUGAACUUGCACAAACAAAAAUACAGCUAGCUACAAUCCACAAUGAGCGAGAUACACUAAAAAAAAAAUGGAACGAAGUAAAAAAAGCACUCGAAAAUUAA